UUGGCAGAGAAAGUGCGUGUGGGCAUAUGGAGCGAGCGGCGCAGUGAGUGGAAGCAACAAUACAGCAGACAAGGGGGAGUUUCUUCUUGCAAAGCGCAUGCAAUCCCUACAAAAAUUCCCGGUGACUUCAGAUCCAAGGAGGUGGUGAUAUUCAUGGGAGCACGAUUCAAACUCGAGUCCUCUCACUUGGAGUAGGAGUACAGCUUCAGCAGCCCUGGAGCCAACGAGCUGCUCUCUCUGUGCCUCUUUUCAUGUUUAACAUAAACUAAAACAGAUGGAAUAAUGUUUGCUUGAAAUAAUAUUUUUUCAGCGCUGGAAGAAGUAAACCUGUGAGCUUCUCACUUUUGGACUGUAGUAAGGUGCUGAUUUGUUAACCUGAAGGUAUUCUGUAUAUUUCUUACCUGGGCAUUAUGAAGAGAUAUCCAGGAUUUUUCCAUUCCUGGGAGAGGAUGCAGUCUUAUUGAACGAGUCGCAGAUUAUUAUUUUUUUUAAAUUUCCUCACGUAUUAGUGGCUCUCAUUAAAGCUGUUACGCGGUGCGCCUUUUUACGCGGUAGUUUUAAAACUUCAACUCCUCAAAAUGAAGCGUGCAGGAUUUGCUGUUUUAGUUGUUCUGGUUUUUGCACUGCAGAGGACUGGUGAGAGUCACAAGGACACAACAGGUGAGCGCAAAGAGGGGGCAGACGCAGGUCGGCCGGGUUGGAACCAACAGCAGCAGUCCCCGGUAAGAAGUCAAGGUCAUUCGCCAAGGGGACCAGAGGAUGGGGCAUCCUCCACGCCGUCGGGUGAAUCUCCCAAUGGGACCAUUCACAGUGAGCCUAAAACUCUGAUCCGCGUUCCAAGGGUCGCAAAGUCCCCAAAAGCUGACGGUCAUGCACGUAAAACAACACCGACUCAGGCUGCAGACACCCCCCGGGAAGACCCCGCUUCUGCGCCUCGGGAGGGUGCGCUGCGCACCGCCAGACACCCGGUCAGCCAGAACUCUCCACAGCACAGAACCAGAGUGAACCGCAGGCAAAGCAGCAAGCAAAGUUCUGCCAGCACAAGGAGACUUGUUGGGCCUAACGUCUGUGGGGGUCAGCAGUGCUGCUCCGGCUGGGCUUUGGCUCCAGGAACCAACCGCUGCAUAAAACCUGACUGCCAGCCCCCCUGCCAGAACCGAGGCUCCUGCAGCCGACCACAUACUUGCGUGUGUCGCUCAGGCUUCCAGGGACCCCGCUGUGAGGAGGUAGCGCCGGAGCAGGUGUACAUCCGUGAUGGGGGCAGCCUGAGGCGUGUUCGACCAGGGACCGACCCUUUCCAGAGAGACCAACCACAGAGAAGGCCCUCAGACAGACAGGCCAUCAAUACCACAAAGACCCAGACCCCCCGACCUGCAGCCACCAGACAGCAGGCCCACUCUGUGGCCCAAGUGAGACGGGGACCCCCUGACUCCUCCCCUCAGCAGACUGGGACCUCCCGCACUGUGAAACGUUAUCCAUCAUCCUCUGGACCUAUCACCUCCAACGCUCUACCUACUGGCAAUGGCUACCCAAAUGGACACGACAAUGAGCACGGGAACUGGCACGGACACAGAAGUGGACAUGGAAAUGGGCACUCCUUUAGCUCCCACAGGCCUCCCAGCAACAGUCAGCUACAUGGACAGUACAACAAUGCAUUAUUACCAGCAGGGGCCAACCUCACCUCAAACCUGGACCGCAUUAAGAUCAUCUUCACGCCUAUGCUGUGCCGCAGGAUGUGCAGUGGUGGACGCUGCUACAAUAGUUGUGAGAAGGGAGACAUCACCACUGUCUACAGUGAGACCUCGCAUCAGCAGCAGCCAAAGAACCAGGGCUUCCGACUCUUCUUUUGUCAGAUCCCCUGUCUCAAUGGAGGCCGCUGCAUUGGCAGGGAUCUCUGCUGGUGUCCAUCAAACUCAACAGGGAAGUUUUGCCACUUGCCAUCACAGCCUCCUGCCAGAUCCAGUCCUCAUGGUCAUAAGGAUUCCAACCAACAUGGACAAAAACAGGCCUCACGUUCAAUGUACACUCUGCCACUGUCCAAUCAGCAAGUGUCCCUCCACCCAUCCUUGGUGAACGUCCACAUACAGCACCCCCCUGAGGCUGAGGUCCACAUCCACCAAGUAGCUCGUGUGCAGCCUGGGCAGAGACCAGCCACCACUGAGGGGGCUCACUCAGUCCAGCAGCGCUCCCAACCUGGGAAUGGACACGAACACAGCGAUGAGCACAGCAGCAGACACCAGCACUCCAAUGGCAACGACUAUGGCCACGUCAGGCCAAACACCCGUCAGAAUGGAAAUGUGGGAAGAUGCUUUCAGGAAACAGUUGACGGACAGUGUGGCAAGCCUCUGCCAGGCCUAACCAAACAGGAUGAUUGCUGUGGAAGUGUGGGAGCCUCCUGGGGUCUAAACAAAUGCCAAAAGUGUCCAACAAAACCAGCUUACGCAGUGAUUGCAAAUGGACAAGUGGAAUGUUCUAAAGGUUAUAAAAGGCUGAAUCUCACACAUUGUCAAGACAUCAAUGAGUGCUUGUUGCCUGGAAUCUGUAAGAAUGCUGAAUGUCUCAAUACCAAAGGGAGCUACAGGUGCACAUGUAAACCAGGAUACAUGUUAGAUCCAGCCAGGAGCCACUGUAUUUCUGACAAGGCGGUAUCGGACCAUAGGGCCUUGUGCUACAGAUCGGUGUCUGCAGGCACAUGCUCUCUGCCGCUUGCUCAACACAUCACCAAGCAGAUCUGCUGUUGCAGUCGAGUGGGUAAAGCCUGGGGCCCUGGGUGUGAUCGGUGUCCCUUGCCAGAAUCAGACCACUUUAAGGAGAUCUGCCCAGUUGGUCAUGGAUAUACCUACUCCCGCUCAGAUGUGCAGAUUUCUCUCCGACAGCUGGAUGAUGAUGAGCUGCAGAACACAGGGUUGUCUUGGGAGGAGCAGAGCCCCAUUUAUCCACAACUUCCAUCCUCCCAGCCAUCACUUCCACUGCCCAGUGGUCCUCACUAUCCCAUCCACCCUCAUAUUCCACAAGAACCUCAGUACCCAGUGUACCCAGAAACUCCACACAUACCACAGCACCCUAUCACUCCACAGGAGCCACAACAGCCCACCACAGACACUGAGACUUCCAGACCACCAGAAGAUGUGGAAAUUCUGAGCCCGCCAGCUGUUGUGACUGACUCACCAUUAAAGCAUCCAGACUCAACCGUCAUCAACGAGAGGCCAGAGUCAAAAGACACAACUCACACAGACUCAGCCACAGGAACUGACAAGUGUGUCGCCACACCAACAAUAUGUGGCCAUGGGAGAUGUAUUCCUGUGCAGACUGGAUACACCUGCGACUGUGAUCCAGGAUUCAAGCUCAGUGCACUGCAGACCAACUGCAUUGAUAUAAAUGAAUGUGACGAGGACCCAUGUGAAGGGAAGGGCCGCUGUGUGAACAACUUUGGCUCCUACACCUGCCAGUGUUACAGUGGCUACAGCCAGGUGAUCACCCAGAACAGGAAGUUCUGUCAAGACAUUAAUGAGUGCAGCAUGCCCAAUAAGUGCCAGAAUGGCAACUGCGUCAACGUAGAAGGAUCUUACACCUGUGAAUGCAACAGUGGCUACGCCAAGUCUUGGAGGGGCCUAUGCGAAGAUAUAGAUGAGUGCAGAGACCACAGCUCAUGUCCAGGCGAAUGCGUCAACACACUCGGAUCCUUCCAUUGCCAGAACUGUGGCACAGGGUUCAGGCUUGUCAACGAAAGAUGUGUGGACGUAAAUGAGUGUUUAAACCAAACCGUGUGCGGCCAAGGAAGGUGUGUCAACACUGAGGGCUCCUAUAGGUGCAACUGUUUCCAAGGAUACAAGCUCUCACAAGACAACGUCUGCCAAGAUGUGGAUGAGUGUGUGCUCCCGGGAGUUUGUCUCCACGGCCAUUGUGUCAAUCUGGACGGCACCCACAAGUGCACCUGUAGCCAUGGUUACCAAGUCACCUCAGACAGCAAAGCCUGUGAAGAUGUCAACGAGUGCACAACUGGUAAUGUGUGCCCUGCGGGAAUUUGCAUCAACACAGCAGGUUCCUACACUUGCCAGAACUGCAGGCCUGGGUAUGGACCAUCUGUUGAUGGACUGAGAUGUGAAGAUGUUGAUGAGUGUGCCCAGGGUGACUUGUGUCUAGGUGGUGUUUGUGUCAACACAGAGGGGUCCUACACCUGCACCAGGUGUAAGGCUGGAUACAGAGUGUCUCAAGACCGGCAGAGGUGUGAAGAUAUUGAUGAGUGCCAGUCAUUGUCUACCUGUGCCAAUGGGAUCUGUCUGAACACGGAGGGAUCUUACACCUGUGAGAACUGCCCUACAGGAUAUAGAGUAUCAUAUGAUGGGGAGUUGUGUGAAGAUAUUGAUGAGUGCUCUCUACCCAGUACCUGCCCCCAGGGAACAUGUACAAACACAGAAGGUUCCUACACAUGUGUGAGCUGUCAGCCUGGAUUCAGAGUCUCUGAGGAUGGACAGCAGUGUGACGAUGUGGAUGAGUGCUUGGUGGCUGACAUUUUAGGCCACAUGUGCUUGAAUACCCCAGGAUCUUACACCUGCCAGACCUGUGGAGUUGGCCUAUUUCCUGAAAUCGGUAAUAGCUCUGAGGAUGUGAAUGAAUGUGAGGACGCCGGGCUGUGUGUGGGCGGGAAGUGCACCAACACUGAAGGUUCCUACAUCUGCUCUUGCCCCACUGGCCUGGAGCUGGUGGAUGGGACAUCUUGUAGAGAUAUCAAUGAGUGUUUAACCAUCAUGGGGAUCUGUGGAGAAGGAGACUGUCUGAACACUGAGGGCUCCUACAUGUGCGUCUGUCCUGACGGAUAUACCACCGACGAUGGCAGGACUAUCUGCCAAGACGUGGAUGAAUGUAGGAAAGACAAUGUGUGCAUCAGCGGCCAGUGUAUAAACACUGAAGGCUCUUUCAUGUGCUUGUGUAAUGCUGGCUUCAAGUUCAACUCAGACACAGCUGACUGUGAAGACCAGAAUGAGUGCAAGGAUUUUGGAAGCUCAGUGUGUGGCACCUGGCACUGCGAAAACACCAUCGGCUCCUAUCGGUGCUUCAUGGGCUGCCAGCCUGGUCUCGAGGGAGACGACGCCACAGACUGUGAUAUUGAUGAGUGCGUCAAUGAAACCAUCUGUGGGAACCACGGCUUCUGCGAGAACACAGACGGCUCCUUCCGCUGCCAGUGUGACCAAAGCUACACCAACCCACCAGGCGAUAUGACCAGAUGUGUUGACGUGAACGAGUGUGAGAUGAGCUUGGCGCUGUGCGGGGAGGCCCUGUGUGAGAACGUCGAUGGCAGCUUCCUGUGCAUCUGCCCCAACGACAAUGAGGAAUUUGAUCCCAUCACCAGCCAGUGCCGCUCCCUGGAUGAUGCUGAUCCAAAACCUGCGGCUCCAGUGCCUCCCUCUGCUCCUUUAUCUGAAGAGAGGAAGGAGUGUUACUAUAACUUGAAUGAUGCCAACUUCUGCGACAACGUCUUGUCCCGUAACACCACCAAGCAGGAGUGCUGCUGCACAGUGGGAGCAGGCUGGGGCGACAACUGUGAGAUUCAUGCUUGUCCCAUCCAAGGAAGAGAUGAUUAUAACCAGUUGUGCCCUCAUGGCAGUGGAUUACUACCCCUGCAGGUUUCCUCUACAGAAGCCCUGGUAGAACAGCGUCCAUAUAUAGAUGCCAAUGAAUGUGAGAUGUUUGGAUCUGACAUUUGCAAGAACGGACAGUGUUCCAAUCUGUUUUCUACCUAUACCUGCUACUGUCGCUCCGGUUUCUACUAUGACAACAUCCGGCUCGAGUGUGUAGAUUUUGAUGAGUGUGAAUUUGGAAAUGCCUGUGUGGACGGAGCAUGUGUAAACACGGCCGGGUCAUUCAACUGUUUCUGCAGUCCUCCAUUGGUCCUGGACAGCUCACGGCGGCGCUGCAUCAGCCUCAACACCACAGAAACUCUAGAGCCUGAUCACGACGUGCACAUGGAUAUCUGCUGGCAGCGUCUGGAGAGGGACAGCAUGUGCGCUGAACCCCUCCAGGGACGCAGAACCACAUACACCGAGUGCUGUUGUCUUUAUGGACUAGCCUGGAGUGGACAGUGUGCCUUCUGUCCCAGGAAAGACUCUGACGACUACGCUGUAAUGUGCAACCUGCCACGGAGAGGAGGUUCAGACAGUCUGAGAGAACGGCCUAGUUAUGAGUACGGCCUGGAGGGGCCUGAGGACCCCGUGGAGCCUUUUGUCCCUCCAUACUGGGACAACUAUGAAAACCCUGCAGGACCCUAUGACAUCCCUGAGAGUGUUCCUGUUUUCAAUGACAAUGACUACAGCAUUCGACAGCCGCCUGUUCGUGUUCCUAUUCAUCGACCUCGAGAACACCAACCGCAACCAGUGAAUUCUUACGAGCGCUACGAAGGCUUUGAGGGUCUCCGAGCGGAGGAAUGUGGAAUCCUGAACGGCUGUGAAAACGGCCGCUGUGUUCGUGUGCGGGAGGGUUACACCUGCGACUGCUUCGAUGGUUACGAGCUUGACUUACACAAGAUGGCCUGUAUAGACAUAAAUGAGUGUGAGGACAUCAGCGACAAGGUGCCCUUGUGUCAAAAUGGGCAGUGUACCAACACUGAGGGAUCGUACAAGUGCACCUGUUUGCCCGGCUUUGUGGCUUCUGCCAAGCCGCACAAAUGCAUCCCUGCGAUCCCAGAAACUGGGCCUACAGAGUCAGGAAACUGAGACAGUGACUGUCAGAGCGCUGGCUUCUCCUGCUCCCUCAAAGAUUACCUUACACCCCUUUGUCCUUUUCCCGAGGGCCUGGCGCUAAACCUCCAACAGUAACGCUGAAACGUCCAAACUCGUUUCCCUACAUAAAACACACAGACGUACAAAGGCACACAUUCAGCACAAAACACAUAUUUCCCCUAAUAUACACACAAGCGGCCCAGGAAUUGUGCAGUGAAUGUAUUACAUGGGAUUUAGCAUUACACCAGAUAUUCAUUUGCCUUAAAGGGAUUUUAUGGACUGAUCUUUUUUAUUCAGUAACCCCAGGCAAUUUGAUAUGCAGAUAUAUUUUCCACAUGAUUUUCAUUUGUCACUUUUUUAUUAUGUUAUUUAUUUCAUUUACAUGACGGGCCUCUGUAAACUAAGAAUGCAACCUAUUUCAGAAGGCGUACCUGAAUCCUCUUCUUUUAUUUGUCUGACAAAUUUACAUCUAUGACAGUGUGAAGAGAUAAUACAUGACCUUUAUAAAACAAGGAAUUAAGCCACUGUAAUGCCAUAAAUCAGCUUGUGCAUCAUUGUCAACCAUCUUUUCUAGGUAUAUUAUAUCACUCAGUCUUUGAAAUUAACAGUGUCCUUGGACUAAAUGGGUGCCAGGGUUGACACACAUCAGAAAAUCAAACUUAAAGAACUUUUCCCACAGUUGCCUUUUUAUUCUUCAAGAUGAUCUUCAGGCUAAAUACCAAGUUGCACAAUCUUUGGACCAAGAACUGGGAAGACAGUACAGCCAAACUAUCACAAUGAAAGCUUUCAUGUGACCCCGGAGAGACUGUAAAUGUAUAUGAUGAUCUAAAUUAUGCUUUGAAAAAGGUGCAAUAGGUAUAACUUAGCCUCUGUUUGACACCAUUCAGUGCAGAUUUUUUCUAUUUUCUCAAUCCAAGUAAUGAAACAUGGACUCAGAUGCUGAUCUCGACAGUAUUAAUAUGUUCUGUAAAAAGCAUACUGUACUUGUUGACGUUCAAUGCCAGGCUGAAUGAAUUGUAUAUUACACAUUAGUUUUAUUGUUGAAAAUAAAGGAAGGCAAGUUAGGUGAUAUUUUGUUUCAAACAUGAUCAUCUUUCACAUUUUGGCUUCAUCCACCAGUGUCACACAAUCAAAAGGAUUUUCAUGCAAUUGGAUCCCACUUUCACAUCAGACUGUUCCCAUGUGUGCAUUUCUGAAUGCAUGUAAAGACAAAGGCUUCAUUGGAGAGGUUUGGUAUAUUUUGUACAGAUCUAGUACUAUGUAUUAUUUUUGUUACAUAUUCUCUUAAUGCAUUAUAGCACAACCAAUACUUUGUUUGACAUAAAACAUAAAAUGUAUGGAAAAUCUGGCAUUAUAGCUUUGUAGAUUUAUACAUGUCUGUAAAAAUGUUUUUAUAAGCAUAUCUUUUUAUGUAUGAGGAGAGUGGCUGACACUGUACCAGAGGAACUGUAUGUAUCCUGCCCUGUGGAGCAGACAAUGAAAUAUAUUUUUGGAAGUGGCAGCACUGUUUCUAAUCACAGACGUUUUGUCAUUACAAAGACAAUGCUUUUAAAAUGCAAGCACCACUGUGCGUAACCGCUCUAUGGCUAAAUAUUAAUAACAAUACAUAAUUUCUUUUAGUCUCUGUCAGGUCUUUUUUCAUGAAUGUAUCAUAGCCAUCAUCAGCCUACCCAUUGGGUUUUUAUAUUUGAGUUACCUUUCAUACCCUUUUGUCCUUUGUAUUCAGGUUUUACGAAUGGUGUUCUCUGUCUAAUAAACUAAACUUCUCUCAAGAAAUCUCAGCAGCAUAGAGACAUAAGUGUAAUUCUAACUUUAGCUGAUUUUUGCCCUUAACCUGCAUCCAUUUACCAUAAGCCUACAGUUGUUUAAAUGUUUCCAUUUCAUUUCCACUGUACUUUACUGUGCUGUUCAAGUUAUUGCCUUAAUCAGAUUGGAAGUCAGGAAUACAUUUAGUUUGAAGUUGGAAUAUUUAAAGCCUUUCAAAAGCAUGAAUAACUUGAGCUGAAUUGUCAUGUUGUAAAGCCGUGGUCAUUGGAUAUAUCAUGCUCAUUCAUGUUGUUUACCUCUUGACUGUAAUCUUUAUCAGUCAUCAAAUAAAAAAAUAUAAAAAAGUGUAAA